AUGGCGAAGAUUGUGUACUUGACGAUGGUUUUUGCCACAUUUUUGGCGGCUUUUCUGAUGGUGGAGCAAGGGGAGGCUUUUACCUGCGGAACAACAUUACAAGAACGUACAAAGCAACUUUGUGAUCCAUUUCACAGGGGCGAACAGCAGGAUCCAUCUGCUGAGUGUUGCAACUCUUUAAAAGCAUUCCGUGAUACGGCCAAGACCAGAGAAGAGAGGAUUGAGUUGUGUCGUUGCGUGCAGGAUCGUUCUAAUAGAAACAGAGCUGGUGUUCCUGCUCCAGAUGCUCGUGUUCCUAAAAUAGACGCUCUUCCUGCAAAAUGCGGACUUCCAUUUAUAUACUCUGCAGAUCGUAAAUUCGACUGUAACACCGUAAACUAAGCUUACCUCCGGUGCAUGAAGAAGUAGUUGGAGGAAAAAUCGAUAUAUAUAAUAACACUGAGGCCAUUUAUGUGCCUUAAGAAAUAAAUUUAUGAGCAAAUGUAUCUCAUAUGUUUUGUAAUUUUUCAGUUCAACAAGAAAUGCAACUCCUGUUUUGCAUCCACCGUAACUCAUUGAGUUCUGUAAUGUAUUUCUGGCGUGCUAUAUUAUAAACGUUUGACGUUUCUUAUUAA